AUGGCCCAGUGGUCCGCACCUCCUCCGCCAACGCCUCCGCCUCCACCUCUCGCCGCGCCGCCGCCGCCCGGCGCCUCGGUUAAGGGCCCCCCGGCGCGCAAGCUGCUUUUCAUGUGCACCUUGUCCCUGUCCGUCACCUACCUGUGCUACAGCCUCCUCGGCGGCUCGGGCUCCCUGCAGUUCCCCCUGGCGCUGCAGGAGCCGCCGGCCGCCGCCGCCGAGCCCCCGCCAAGCCCGCCGCCACCCUCUCUGCCGCCUCCCCCCGUGCGCCUCGGCGCCCCCUUGCAGCCGCCCGAGCCGCCGCCGCCGCCGGACAACGCGAGCCGCGGGGAGCCGCCCGAGCCCCCAGAGCAGCCCGCCGCCCCCGGGGCCGACGGCUGGGGGCUGGCGAGCGGCGGCGGGGGCGCCCGGGACGCCUGGCUCCGGACCCCGCUGGCCUCUGGUGAGAUGGUCACGGCGCAGAGCGCGCUGCUGGAGAGGGAAGCGCAGGAGUCCAGCACCACCGACGAGGAGCUCGCAGGCCGGAGGGCGGCCAACGGGAGCAGCGUGAGGGGCGGCGCCGUCAGCACUCCCGACUACGGGGAGAAGAAGCUACCACAGGCGCUUAUCAUCGGGGUCAAGAAAGGAGGGACCCGCGCGCUGCUGGAGGCGAUCCGAGUGCACCCGGACGUGCGGGCGGUGGGCGUAGAGCCACACUUCUUCGACAGGAACUAUGAAAAGGGCCUGGAAUGGUACAGAAAUGUGAUGCCUAAGACUUUGGAUGGGCAGUUAACCAUGGAGAAGACACCAAGUUACUUUGUGACAAAUGAGGCCCCCAAGCGCAUCCACUCCAUGGCCAAGGACAUCAAACUCAUCGUGGUGGUGAGAAACCCUGUGACCAGGGCCAUCUCCGAUUACACCCAGACACUGUCAAAGAAACCCGAGAUCCCCACCUUUGAGGUGCUGGCCUUCAAAAAUAGGACCCUAGGGCUGAUCGAUGCCUCCUGGAGCGCCAUUCGAAUAGGGAUCUAUGCUCUGCAUCUGGAAAACUGGCUCCAGUAUUUCCCCCUCUCUCAGAUCCUCUUCGUCAGCGGUGAGCGGCUCAUAGUGGACCCCGCCGGGGAAAUGGCCAAAGUACAGGAUUUUCUAGGGCUCAAGCGUGUUGUGACUGAGAAACAUUUCUAUUUCAACAAAACCAAGGGGUUCCCUUGCCUAAAGAAGCCAGAAGACAGCAGCGCCCCCAGGUGCUUAGGCAAGAGCAAAGGUCGGACUCAUCCCCGCAUCGACCCCGAUGUGAUCCACAGACUGCGGAAAUUCUACAAACCCUUCAACAUGAUGUUUUACCAAAUGACUGGUCAAAAUUUCCAGUGGGAACAGGAAGAGGGUGACAAAUGA